AUGAAUAAUCAAGAUAUUUAUACCCGAGUUGGCGAGCGAUACGGCAAUGCAGCGAAAGGUUCCAAUGCAACAUACAGCACCAAUGUCGCGAAAGCCUUUGGCUAUUCGAGCGAGGACCUCGACUCCAUCCCCAAGGAUGCUAACUUGGGACUGAGCUGCGGCACACCUUUGGCGAUUGCCUCACUAAAGGAAGGCGAGACCGUUAUCGACCUGGGAAGCGGUGCUGGACUCGACGUAUUCCUCUCCGCCAACAAAAUCGGCUUGACCGGUAAGGCCAUUGGUGUUGAUAUGAACAAGAGCAUGCUCGCCAAAGCCAGGAAGCUCAAAGCAGACCGAUCGAUGGAAAACGUUCAUUUCAUUGAAUCUCGCAUCACCGACAUAGCCUUGGAAGAUAGCAUCGCCGAUUGCAUCAUCUCCAACUGUGUCGUCAAUCUGGUACCUCAUGAUGAGAAACAAAAAGCCUUUGACGAAAUGUAUCGUCUGCUCAAGGCGGGAGGCCGAGUCGCCAUAUCCGAUAUCUUGGCGAAGAAGCCACUUUCAGAUGAUAUUAGAAACAGCAUCGCCCUUUACGUGGGAUGCAUCGCUGGAGCGAGCCAAGUCGCCGAGUAUGAAGAGUACCUGAAACGUGCAGGCUUCACUGAUAUUCUAAUCACUGAUACGAAAAGUGACCUGAAUGUAUACCUUGAUGCGUCAACUGAUAUCGCUGUGGGCGGAUGUUGCUCAGUCCCAAGGACUAUGGCAGUUGAUCUCAAAGGACAAGAUCUCAACGACUGGGCUGGAUCAUUCAAGAUUUAUGCUAUGAAGUAG